GAACGUCGGACUGGCGAGGGGCGGCAGUGUCCACAGGCAGCCCUGGCUGCGGUGGGGCCGCGGCCCGAGCGGCCGUAUGGCCCGGGGCCGGCUUCCUCAGCGGCCCGCUGGCCUCCAGGCUCGACCCCGCCGGCCCGGGUCCGCCCCGGCGCCCCACCCCUCGGCCUCGCGGCGGACGCUCCGCGGACCCGCGAAGGCAGAUAUGGCCUGCCGCAGCGCACUGUCCGGGCCAGCCAGUUGCCAAAACAAAGGGGAUUUGGUGAUGGAGGCUUUGUUGGAAGGAAUACAAAAUCGAGGACAUGAUGGGGGAUUUUUGACAUCCUGUGAAGCAGAACUACAGGAGCUCAUGAAACAGAUUGACAUAAUGGUAGCUCAUAAAAAAUCUGAGUGGGAAGGACAGACACAUGCUCUAGAAACUUGCUUGGACAUCCGUGAACGGGAACUUAAGGCUCUCAGGAGUCAGGUGGAUAUGAAACACAAAGAGGUUGGAAUGUUGCGUCAGCAGGUUGAAGAACAUGAAAAAGUCAAGCAGGAGAUGGCCAUGGAGUAUAAGCUGGAGUUAAAGAAACUACAUGAAGAAUUAGGCAGACUGAAGAGAAGCUAUGAAAAGCUACAGAGAAAACAUGUAAGAGACUUCAGAGGAAAUGCCAAAAAUCACAGGGAAGAGCGGUCUGAAAUUGAGAGGUUAACUGGAAAAAUAGAGGAAUUUCGUCAGAAAUCACUGGACUGGGAGAAGCAGCGCUUGAUUUAUCAGCAACAGGUAUCUUCUCUGGAGGCACAAAGGAAGGCUCUGGCUGAACAAUCAGAGAUAAUUCAGGCUCAGCUUGCCAAUCGGAAACAAAAAUUAGAGUCUGUGGAGCUGUCCAGCCAGUCAGAAAUUCAGCACCUGAGCAGUAAGCUGGAGCGGGCCAAUGACACCAUCUGUGCCAAUGAGUUGGAAAUAGAGCGCCUCAUCAUGAGGGUCAAUGACUUGGUUGGAACCAAUAUGACUAUUAUGCAAGACCAGCAGCAAAAAGAAGAAAAAUUGAGGGAAUCUGAAAAACUGUUAGAGGUUCUGCAAGAAGAAAAGAGAGAAUUGAAGGCAGCUCUUCAGACUCAAGAAAAUUUCAUGCAUGAGACAAGAAUACAAAAGGAGAAGCUACAAGCAAAAUUAAAGGCAACUGACACUCAACACACAGUAGAGACCAUAAGGUCACUGGAGGAGUCUCAGGCAGAAAGGAGGUAUGCCUCUCAAGGGCAAGGAGACUUAGAGAAUGUGCUCUCCCGACUGGAUUUUACCCACACUAGUGAAGAACUUCUGCAGGCAGAAGUGACUCGUCUGGAAGGCAGCUUGGAAUCUGUGAGUAUAACUUGUAAACAGCUGAGCCAAGAGCUAAUGGAAAAAUAUGAAGAACUGAAGAAGAUGGAAGUGCAUAACAAUGAGUACAGGGCCGAGAUUAAGAAGUUGAAAGAACAGAUUUUGCAGGCUGAACAGAGUUACAGUUCUGUACUAGAGGGAAUGAAGAUGGAGAUCUCCCAGCUAACUCGAGAGUUACAUCAGCGAGAUAUUACUAUUGCUUCCACCAAAAGUUCUUCCUCUGACAUGGAGAAGCAACUCAAAGCAGAGAUACAAAAGGCAGAAGAAAAAGCAGUAGAGCACAAGGAGAUUUUGGCUCAGUUGGAGUCACUCAAGUUAGAAAAUCAUCGUCUUUCUGAAAUGGUGAUGAAAUUGGAAUUGGGUUUACAUGAGGCAAAAGAGGUUUCACUAGCAGACCUCCAGGAGAAUUAUAUUGAGGCAUUAAAUAAAUUAGUGUCUGAAAAUCAACAACUACAGAAAGAUUUGAUGGAUACCAAAGCUCAGCUGGAGAUUUCUACUCAGAUUUGCAAAAAAAACCAUGACAGGAUCUUUAAACCAACACACAGCAGAGUACCUGAGUUCAAGAACACGGAGUUCAAGCCAACCAGUGGCCAGCGCAAGCAUGACGGGAUGAAGGCUGAGCACUACAAAGCAGGUCUUCAUUCUACGCAAGGACAAGCGUCGGAUAGCGUAGAGCCUGUGUCCAGGGGCCUCAGCCCCCUGAGUCAUCAAAUCAGCCCUUGCUGCUCCACCAGCUCUCUGCCUUCUAACUUUCUGUGCAAAACUCACUCUCUGCCUUCAGUGCUAGAUACAGAUGAAACCAAUUUUUCUGACACUGUCUCUGAAAGUAUAAAUGACCAGGAAGACUUUCUAUCUUCGUGUCCCUUGCCUCUGUCUCCUCUUGGUUCAAUAGCCACAAGAUUUUUGGAAGAGGAGGAACUGAGGUCUCAUCACAUUCUAGAGCGCCUGGAUGCCCAUAUUGAAGAACUCAAAAGAGAGAGUGAAAAGACAGUGAAACAAUUCACAGCCCUAAAGUAGCCUCUUAAAAAAUCACAAACUUGGAAAUAAAAAUAAACACCGAAGAGUUACUGUCAUCCUGAAGUAGCGGCUCUUUGAAAGGCUGAACAUAUAGAAACCAUAAAAAUGAGAUGUACCAAUAAAGCUGCCAUGAGGAGUCUGAGAAACUGAUGUUAGCUCUAAGGUGUUUUCACUGCACUGGUUUGUUUGAAGGACUUUUUCCAGCAAUAACUUGUAAAUAAACCACUUUGCUAGACUUUUUCUCUAUCGUAAAGUGAUACUUUCUCAUGCUGACUUAAAUGUGAAUAGCUGUAGACUAAUUAAAGUAAAGAUUUUAUGAUUCGUGUUGAAAAUAAAGUAACUAUAGGAACUUCCUCUGAGCGCAGCAGCAUUGUAUGUAGUGGAAGCAUGGAUUCCAGACUCAGAGCGAUCCAGGUUGGUGUACUGGUUUUGCUUCUCAUUAGGCAGCUGGGCUGGUAAUGUGUGAGGUUGGGCCGAAGUGUGUAAAGGGGCUUGAAGGACUUUGACAGGAAGGCUUCUCUUGCUCAAAACACAAGUGGAGGAGAGAGGUGGGGGUGGAGCCUGGGGCUGGGUUAGUGUGGGCGCCUGGGGUCACACGGUGGAAAUCUUGCUAUCUGCGUUUCUGAGGAGAGGUUUAAAGGGGAGACGGAGCUCUCCAGGUGCAGGGGCAUUUGAAGCCAUGGAGAGCUGAGGAGGAGGAGGGCAAGGAGAGAGAAAGGCACAACUUAGAACUUGGUUGCCCUGAAGGACACCGGCACAAGAGCAUCAUGCGAUUAGAUCCAGCAGAGGAGCUGGAAUGUGCAACUAGAGACCAGAAGGUGAGGUGUAGGGCUCUUGCCGCCCAAGGAUGGGGCUCCUGUGAUCUGACCCUCUCGGUGGAUCUUCCCCAUCAGCAUGGAAACAUCCUGUUAUUUCUUCUUUCUUUAAAGCAAAACAAAACCUCGGUUCCAUAUCCUCCCUAUCUACUGCUCCUUACAUUUGCUCCCCUUCACGCAGACAUCUCUGGUGAGAAUUGUCUGCAGUGACUGUUCCCAUUGUCUUCUUAGCCCUCUCCAUCCCCACUUCCCUCCCUGCCAUGAAACUGCUCUCCUGCUCUAGAGGUCUCCAGUGACCUCCUUAGUCCUGAGCAUCAUUUCACACACUUGGCCUGUCCCUCUUCCUCUCCUGGCUUCUCUGACCUGACACUCCGGCCCACUGGCCACUCCAUCUCGUUCUACUCUUGUGGCUUUUCCUCUUCUAAAGGGCCCCCUAGGACUUCGAUGUGGGUUUUCUCACUCAACAUGCUCUUCCCUAGACUGUUCCAUUCAACUUCAAGCCUUUAGUACCAUCUGUAGGCCAGUGACCCCUGCAUUCAGAGCUGAUCUUGACCUCUCCCCAGAGCUGCUGCCUUACAUAUUGAACUGCUUAUGGAAUAUCUUCACUUGAAUGUCUGAUAAGCAUCUUAGGUUGAACAUUUCCAAGAGAGGACUCUUGAUUCUCCCUCUUGCUUAGAUUCCGUGUCAGGACAGCAUCAUGUGUGCCGAUUGCUAGGAGUUAUCCUUAAUUCCUUCCUACCCACACAUCUGUAUCCAAGCCAUCGGGAAGUCCUGUCUAUGCUGCCGCCUAUCUCAGGUCCAACCAUUUCUCUCCUUCUCCACGGCUGCCAACCAGUCACUCACCUAGAUUCUGGCAGUAGCCUCCUAAUUGGUAUGAUGACUCCUACUCCUGACCCCACUAAUUCAUUCUCCACAGUGCCUCCGGAGAUAUCCUUUAGAAAUGUAAAUUAAACACAGUCAAGCCUUCAAAGGCUCCUUACUGCUCUCAGUUUAAAUCUGAAUUGCUUGUCAUCGCCUACAAGGAACUCAGUACCCCAUGCCCGCUUCCGUCACCCAUGGCAUCAUCAUCCUUCCCUCGUGCUCCAGCCACGCUGGCCUCCUUUCUGCCUCUCGAGUGCUGCCAGCUGUAACCUGUGAGGGUUGCUGUGCUUGCCAUUUACCUGGAGUCCCUUUCUCUCACCGCGCCUGCCAUAGGCGCUUUCUCCAAAGCCUCCCUGACUGCUGUCUCCAAAACCCGCUUCUCCCAGCCUCUCUCGCUCUCUGCCCUGAGUUAUUUCCUUCAUAGUACUCGCCACUCUGCAGUCAUUUUGUUACUUGACUUACGUUUUUAUUGUCUAUUCUGCCUUUAGAAUUAAGCUCCUUGAGGGGAAGGACUUGGCAGUCUGGUGGGGCCCUCAUCUCUCGACACAAGCCCAGCACUUGGAGGUGCUCAGUUCAAAGAGCAGUGAAUAAAUGUCCUUCCUCAGACGCAACACAUUUUCCCUUUGUGCCUUUGUACACGCCGUCCCUUCAGCCAGCCGCUCUUCCCACACGCUCCCCCCCCUCCAUGCCCUUAGCACCUCGACUGGCAAGGCUUUCGUACAUCCCAGGGGGAGUUCCUCCUCAUUUCUCACAGCGCCCUGUGUGUGCGUCUCUCAAAGCGCUGAGCACCCUGUGCUUCCUCUUCUAUUUCUGUCUCUCCCACUGAACCGAAAACUCCUCAAAAGCAGGGGCCCUCCUCAGUCAGCAGGCUGCCUAACACAUAAUAGAUACUAAGCAAAUAAGAGGUGGAUGAAAAUCACCACCAUUCUAGCUUUCAUUGUACUGACCUCUAAAACGGGGAUAAUACUUCAUGGGGUUGAGAGGAUUUACUGAAAAGAUAUUCUGAGAGCGCUUUGCAGACUCUGAAAAUACUGUACCAGUGUGGACUGGUAUGAGGAGAUUCUGAGUUUCAGACUGUCCCAAGCUUCCACUUGGAAUAUGUAGGGUACAACCCCUGCUUCUGGAAUGCUCCUAGUACUUGUUGACUAGGAAGAACAAUGGCAGACUCUGUAGUCACUGGAAACACUUAAGGAAUCAUGAGGUGCUAUGUAUUUCCUUAAAUUUAUACUGUGUUGUUUAAAGUUGAAGUAGUUAAUGAUUGUCUGAAUUUGUCAGAACAUUUGACUGUAAUUUCAUCUCUCAACUUCAUUCUUCAAAAAGAUAUGCCAAAUAUUAAAAUGUGUCAAAAUUAAA